AUGCCAACAGUCUUACUGCCAUCCUCCGCGGCCGCCUUCGCGCCACGAUCGUCACCGAAUGUCGUGUUGACCACCAAGGUUGCACCGUGGUUGACCGCAACCUUGAAGCGGGUCAACCGGGUCAAACGUCCGUUGAACAAUGUCACCCAACAUACCCGGUGUCUGACAGAGACCUUGUCGUCGCCAAAUGCCAUCUGGACGCUGUGCUCCAUGAUGUUCACCAAAGCCCCCGAGGCCGAGUUAGAGAAGGAUACAAAUUUGCUUUGGGAAUCGAUCCAUCACUACCAGACCAUCCAUGUCGAGGCCUAUGUCGUCCACGUCGACAUGGUCUCCCGGAAUGAAGUGGCCUUCAAACUAACCCCGGAGACGAUCGAAUCUCUCGUCGACUUCCACAAGGAAAUCUACUCCGUGGAUGCCGUCGCCAACACCUACAACUGGUCUGGAAAGCACGCCCAGCUGAAGAAGCUGCAGGAGGAGUUCGUCCAAGCCGCCAACAAGUUCGUCUACCGCACCGAUGCCGACGCCCUCGAGGGACUGGAAGAAGACGGUGCCGGAGAACUACUGUGCGGCCGCAGCGAAGAAGUGAAGAACGCCAUCGGGAACCUCUUCGUGCCACUGAUUCCUCCACCACCUCCAAUGGUGGAAGUCAUGCGGCCCGUCCCUCUUCUCCCCAGCUCAACUGGGCCCGAACCCUGGUGGAACGUGCCCGCGCCCGAGUCGUGGAAAGUACUGCCGCCCAGCCCCAACUCGACAACGGGUGAUUCUAAUGUGAAUCUCUGGGCUAGUUGCAAUAUCAGUGAUGCGCAGCUGUCCCCGACCCCGUCCUACAGUCAGCCUUUCACCACUUCCUUCGGGUACGACGGUAUGUCAACUUGUAUGCCAACUUGCAUGCCCGCCACGUCCGCAGUCAGCGCCCUCCCGUUGCCGAGCACGUUGAUUCAACCGUGCGCCACUUCUGUCAACAUGAUGGGCUUCGGUUGGGGAGAUUUCAAUGCCUUGCCCUACGGCACCAUUGCUUAG